AUGCAACGCACUGUCCUUACUUUCCAGCGAAAUGCGCACCUCCACAAGCUGAAGGUAGCCGUGACGGCGGUUACGUCCGUUGCUUCGCUACCGGAAGCCAAUCGCGUGCUCUACAAACAAGCUGACGACAAGGACCAUGUGAUAAUCACCGACGCGACCAUCUUCCACCCUCAGGGCGGCGGCCAGCCAUCCGACGUCGGUGUAAUAGAGAGCACAGAGAGCGGUGCCCGAUUUGACGUACUCUCAGUGCGCAUGAGCGCCGUUGCGCAGGGCGAGGUACUCCACUUUGGCCGGUUCGCGGACGCCGCUGCCAUCUUCAAGGCCGGUGACUCGGUCAUGCAAACAAUUGAUUCGGACAAACGCCUGCUGUACUCACGGUAUCACACGGCCGGCCACGUUCUCGGCGCCGCCGUGCGCCACCUCGUGGAAAAGGAGGUGGAAAACUUUGACGAGACCAAGGCGAGCCAUUUCCCAGACUCGGCGGCCUGCGAGUUCCAGGGCCUGAUCGAAGCCAAAUGGAAAGAUCCCAUUCAACAGCGUUUGGACGAGUAUAUAGAGAAGGACAUGCAAGUCGAGAUUGAGUGGUGGGAUGAGGAAGACUUCCGGACCAAUGGCAUGGAGCGUCAGAUACCCGACCGUGAGCUCAUGGGCAUGACUGCCGAUGAGAAAUUUCGCGUCGUCAGGAUUGUUGGAGCUGAAACAUACCCGUGUGGCGGCACCCACGUGGACAGCACCAGAUUGUGUGGAAAGACGAAUGUCAAGAAGAUCGCGCGGAGUAAGGGCACUUCUCGUGUGGGAUACACUCUACCAUAG